AUGUUCGCAACAUCUCUUGCCUUUUUGGACAGGUUUAGAGCUGGUCGAUAUCUCUCCCUUGAUCUUUCAAAGAAUUCGCUUUCCACCGGCGAGCCAAAGAAAGUCGUCGUUUCCGAUUCGAGAAGAACUGCACUUCGACGAUGUAUAUUCCACAUUCCCCCUGUUCUCGGUUCCAUCGCGAUCCUCACGCUGAAUCUUCAUGGCAUAUACUUGGGGGAGGAGGUUAAUUGGCUCUUCAAAUCAGAGACUCUCAGUUUGAUGGGCUUCCAGAUCUUGGCCAAGAUCCAUGAGAUUUUCAUCGUGACCAGCCUUGGAUUGAUCGUCCUUCAUGCAGUCAGGAACGAAUUACUAUUUGGACACGGACUCCCUCUGGGUCUUGUUGGAUCAGGUCUCUCCUUCAGCAAUUUCAGCUUUUUCUUUACAAGAGAGUUUGGAGGUGGCUUGAGAAAUCUGGUGCAGCCGGGCCAUAGACUGCGAAAAGCGAGCUUCAUAGGCCUUCUAUGUCUGGCAGGUGCCAUAGCUACUCUCGCUGGGCCAUCAAGUGCCACCCUCAUGGUGCCCCAGACUCAAUCUUGGUCAGCCGGCGCAACAGAAUUCUUCCUCAAUGGAUCCUUGGAACGUUUUUGGCCGUCAGACCUGUCAAAAGACAUGGCUGAGCUUCAACAAUAUUGUGACAAUGAAACCUCCACCGCAUCUGCAUUCUGCCCAGCCGGUGGCUUCAUAUCUCUCCAAGAACACUGGGGAAGGAUGAAUUAUACAAACUUCUACGAUUACGAUGUGCCGCCAUAUGCCAAAAUGCUCUCGGGCUCGCGAUUCUAUUGGCCAAUUCACAGUCCAACAUCUCCUAUUCCCCCUCUCUAUCAAUUGGGAGACCCCAGGACGGAUCAAGACAUGCAUUCCUAUACCUUCUUGGUGCAGCCGCAUGCAGCAGCCGCAACGCUGAUGCAGCGGAUAGCAACGGACUGGUGGACAGUACUUGUCUCAACCAUGGGGUUGACAGAUUCCCGGGUCGACGACCGCAAUAUCGGGGCUGAUGUUCUAGCUGCGAUUACGUCCGUGAGAUGCACGGAACCACAAAACAUCUCUGAGUCAGGCAAAACGGUCCGCUUCCCAGCGAUCGAUGGCCGCUUCACCUACAUUCAAGGUUUUGAUUUUGUCGUCGACGGUCUCGAUACAAAUGCCGUUAAUCACCUGCGCUUUCAGUGGGUCCACCUUCCCGAAACCUUCGGCGCUGUCAGCAUCGGAGGUGUUUUCGAGUCACCCUGGAGUUCAGACAACAAAUCAAGAAUCGUGAUCGGAUGCUCUGCACAAUCAGGCUGGCUACCGGCAACAAUACUCACGGAUAAGUACUCAUUCUGGUCUGGAUGGUAUCCUUGGGGUAUGGAUUGGGGCGGUCGUACUCCUGCAUGGACCUCCACUCCUGCAAAUGCAGAGGAAUCCGCAACAAACGGGAGAAUAGCCAUUAGCUCGGAAUGGCUGGAUCUUCUGACGCCUACAACUUCGGACAUCGUUACAGGGGCUGAGGUCUGGCAGCCGUCGACGAUAGAGAGUGUUCUCGACAACGCAAAGUUGGCAGCCGAUCUAUCACCGCUCAAUGGGGCAACGCUGACAGAAGAAUGGGUCAAAAAUGACCCCUCGGAAGUGAGCAGAACCACUCUUCUCGAAGCAAUCGUUUGCAGCGUCCUCGUCGACGGUCUCAGCCGAACCGGGAGCUAUCGAGCAUUCAAUACAACAGGCCCCAGCUCGGAAUGGCCGUUGGCGUUGUAUGACCCGCUCCCCGACUUUGCAAAUCGACUCCUUGCAGGCCGCACGGCGUUGAGCACACCCAGUUUACCAAGUGCCGAAGUAACCACUAUCCAUAUCAAAAUGCAGAUCGAUGGGUUUGCCCUUAAAGCGACUCUCGCGACCUUUCUGUCCAUGGCGGUACUUUUGAUUCAUGUCACCAUGGCCCUGGUUCAUACUGGCUGGGUCUUGGUUCGGAAAAAGACAUCCAACAGUUGGGACUCCAUCUCCGAGCUCCUCGCCCUGGCGCAAAACUCACAACCGGCAUCUGUCGCCCUGGGUAAUACUGCAGCAGGUAUCAAUCUCGGCAAGACUUACGCUCAGAUAGCUAAGAUAAGAGUGAGGAAUCAGUAUGGGUAUAGCAACAAUGACCACGUUGCACUUGUAUUCGACGAAUCAGGGUCGGAGCUUGAGACCACCGCGGCGUCGUCAGGAAGACGCGAACAAGAGGACAACGAGCACCAUGCAGUUGGCAUCGCCGAUAACACUAUGAAUAAUGAAGAAGAUUCCUCGGGAAACAGGAAAAACCCCGGAAGCUCUGAGAUUUCAAAGCAACAUAUUUUACCGUUAUCCCGGACCUGGCCACGACCUCGCGGAGAUAUCCUGCCUUUAAGUCAAACGUUGCCUGGGUAUCGAGAUAUCUCCGGAAGAAGUAGGUCGACGUCAACUGAGAGCCUAAUUCCGUCAAAGAACGUCGUCAAAGAGAUGAUGGAUGACCGAGUCGUUCUGAAUCGUGCAUAUGGUUGA